CUCCGUACAGCAAGAAUGCAGACCCGAUACGAUCAAUAUCGUGAAUCUAAGGACGAUGAUGAUCAGAUCACCAAUUCAGUCGCUGCUAUGGAUGAAGAUCCUCAGAUAAUCGAAGGUGAUAUCGACGUAAUGGUUAACUUGACAGUUGAACAUCAAGGUGUGAACGCCGAAGUAGUGGCUAACCUCCUACCUGGAUUCCAAGAUGCGGUCGCAGUGGAUGCUAACGUAAUACCUAUACACAAUGGAAUCCCCCAUAUAACGGCUACCUUUCCACUUGAACACCAAGGACAAGAAUAUGCCCCACACAUUGACAUGACGAUAGGACUCCACCUCAAUGGCAAUGCUGAUAACCAUGGUCAGGUGCACAACUUGAUGGUACAAGACAUCUACAUCAAUGGCAUUCCUUAUACCAGUGGACAGGAGAACAACCCGGCGAUGCCAGGAAUUUACAUCAAUGGAAUACCUUAUACCGGUGGAAGUGCCCUAAACGACCAAGCAAUGGAUAAUGAAGAAGAAAUUGAAGGAAGUGACCUCAACGAUCAAGAAAUGGAUAAUGAAGAAGAACCUGAAGGAAGUGACCUCAACGAUCAAGCAAUGAAUAAUGUACCUGAAAUUGAAGGCAAGUAA